GUCCGUUUGCGGCACUUGCGAGUCACCGGAGUUUAAAUCCUGACGUUAAACUUCACUUUGCGUCGCAGCUCCUUUAACUCUUUAGUGACAUUAGUGUUGUUUAUUAAUUCGUUUUCAUUACACCUGAACAAGAGUUUGAAGUGACGGAAACACCGUGUGUGCUUCUGACACAUUAAAUGGUCCAAACAAGCUAGAUCUAAUAGCAUCACCACCAACAACAACUGGUCCCGCUGCUUUUCAGUUCUUUGUUGAACUGCUUAUGUUACCAUCAAUGUGAAGCACCACGGUGAAGGAUGGACAAGCUUUCUGUGGGAGAUAAAGCUGCUUCAAGCAGACUGAACCGCUGGGUGGAUCCGUCCUUCACUGACUUGCCGGGGGAAAGCUUUGCUCCUUCUAGAAGGAGAAAGGGCAGCCAGGUUUUGUGCUCUAAGGCUGAGCCUAAGAAGCCCAGGAAGAGGACAGGAGGAGAUGCCGGCAGAUCAGACCCACGCACGUCCUACCAGCUCGAAGAGUCAGCCCAGAGGGACCAGGAUGAGCCGUGGGUGGACAGAUACUGGCCCCGUGCACAGGCGGAGUUAGCUGUUCACAAGAAGAAGAUAGAGGAAGUGGAGAACUGGAUGAGAAUUCACUCAAACACAUCAAAGGGUGGUAUAGUGCUGCUGACGGGACCGUCAGGCUGUGGAAAGACUGCCACAGUCCAGGUUUUGUCUCGGGAGCUGGGCCUCAGGGUUCAGGAGUGGACCAACCCCUCCAACCUGGAGCCAUACAACAGCAGUCAGCAAGAAUGGAGGAUGAACGGCUUUUCCUGCACCUCCCAGACAGCCCAGUUCCAGGACUUCCUCCUCAGAGCAAACAAGUACAGCUGCCUGAAGAUGUUGGGUGAUGGAGGAGCUACAGACAGGAAAAUCAUACUGGUGGAGGAUUUCCCAAACCAGUUCUACAGGCAGCCUGGCAGCAUGCACGAUAUCCUGAGGCGCUUUGUGAAGACCAGUCGAUGCCCCCUGGUGUUCGUAGUGUCAGACAGUCUGAGUGGAGACAGCAGCUCGCGCUUCCUUUUCCCCAGAGAGAUCCAGGAGGAGCUGGACAUCAGCAGCAUCAGUUUUAAUCCGGUGGCUCCAACCACAAUGAUGAAGGUCCUGACUCGAAUUUCAACCCUGGAGGCAGGAAAGCAGAGCUGUGGGAGGAUGUGCGUCCCAGACCAAGAAGUGUUGGAAAAGCUGUGUUCAGGAAGCUCAGGAGAUAUUCGCAGUGCCGUCAACAGCCUCCAGUUUUCGUCCCUCCCAGACACGUCGUUGGAAAAGGGGCUGUGGAGGCUGAAGAAGGACAGACAUGCGACUUCACAGGGAAAAGCUGUUUCCAGAACAAACCAGAGGAAGAAGAAGUCCAAACACUCUAAGGAGCAGGAAGAAGAGCAGGCUAUUGGAGGGAAAGAUGCUUCUUUGUUCCUGUUCAGAGCACUGGGAAAGAUACUGCACUGCAAACGAGGGAAACACGAAGAUGCUGAAGCAGCUGAAUGUGCACCUGGACCUGGUCUACCAUCUCACCUGUCUCAUCAUCAUAGAGAAGCAUUACUUGGAGACCCUGAGUUGGUUGUAGAGCGUUCACACAUGUCUGGAGAGUUCUUCAACCUGUACCUCCACCAGAACUACCUGGACUUCUUCUCUCAGGUGGAGGAUGUGGAGCGAGCCAGCGAGUAUCUGUCUGAUGCUGACCUCCUCACUUCGGAUUGGACGAGUCGCAGCACCAUGGGGUAUUAUGGGUCUUCAGUGGCCACCAGGGGGCUCCUUCACUCCAACUCUCAACAAGUUUCUGUUGGCUUCAGACCACUUCACAAACCCAGCUGGCUACUGGUCAACAAGAAGCACCGAGAGAACUGCCUGGCUGCCCAGUUCCUGUUUAGAAGCUUCUGUCUGACACCAGUCAGCCUGCAGACUGAACUGCUGCCAUACCUGGCCAAACUCACCAACCCUAUGAGGAACCCAGCUCAGAUAGCUUUUAUCCAGGACGUGGGUCAGAUGUCACUGAGGAGGUUCCCCGGCAGAUUAAAACUUGAGGCUCUGACAGACAAAGACCCAGCCCAGCUGGAGAAUGAAAGUGAGGAGGAAGAGGAAGGUCAGGGUUUGGUUGAGGACGGUCUGCCAGUCAGUCAGCCCCAACCCACAACAAGCCAAGCCCUGUUGGAGGAGGAGGACAUGAUCAUAGAGGACUAUGCCAGUGACUAACACACUCAGCUCUGCCAUACAUCCAGUCAUACUGUGACACAGUUUCACUUUUUCAUUGCACAACUUUUUCGUUUGAUGGACUUUUGGAGUCUUGGCUUUGUAUGGAGGACGAUUAGUGCCACGUGAAAUAACAAAGUUCUGAGAUUAAUUUUCUACAUUAAAUUACACAAUACACUGUAAGAUUGAUCCCAGAACUUAAAUAAUUCUCUUCGAAACCAUACUCCACAGUAUGUUGAUAACUGUGAUUAUAGCUCUGGUAUUGCCAGUAUUUUUGCAUAGGCAAGAUAUGAUAAAGAAGCUUGUUGUCUUGUAGAACCUGAAUUGAAUGUGAUUCUAUAGCUUGAAACAGGCUCAUAAUAAUAUGAAAGCAUGGAGAUUAAUUGUAAUAAUCUCCAAAAGUAGCCCUUAAAGGAAUACUUCACCCCCAAAAUGACUUGUUUGUUUAUCAAUUACUCACCCCGUGUUACCUUGAAUUCUUGAAGAAAAGAAUCAAAAAAAUGGAGAAAAGUUUUGAUGAAAUUAAAGAAAUGGGGGGCCGCAUUUAACAACAGCAAAACUAUAUCAAAUCAUCCGUUUACAAACACUCACACAACUCCUGCAGUAUAAUCCACGUGUCAUUUAUCCAGUCGUAUGCUCACUACUUCCCAAACACAUGCAUCUUCGCUUAAACCUUACUAUUUAAUACACUUCGUUUGUGUGAGUACUGUUGUUGUUAAACGAGGAGGCAUGAGAGAAAUACAAAGUUUUCUUUAGGAAUUCAAGGUAACACAGGGUGAGUAAUUGAUAUACAAAUGAUCAACGUAGGAGUGAAGUAUUUUUUGAACAGUUCAGUUUGUACCAGUUGAAAUAUUGUCAGUAUUUAUUUGUUUUAAGCGCAUGUUCAGCACUUGUUUUUUUGUUGUACUUCACAUCUUUUUGUUUUGCUGAGUGACUGUUGAGCAGAGAUAUUAACCUGCAAUGGAUAGCUGUCUGAGAACAAGCCCAGCCUUUAACUGACUGACUUACUUUUUUUUUUUCCCACAGAUGGAUGGAAAAUAAGAAAUAUUACAGUAAAUGCUUAUUGAGGGAUACAUUGCUUGAAUCUAAAUAAACUAAAUGUGUGAAAGGCUGA